GAUGGGGUCGAUUGUCCAGCCAAUCCGAGCACGCUUGACCCAUUCUGCUCUCCUAUUGGACACAGAGGAGCGCGUCCGGCGGAUGUUGUUCUGGCGCCGGGGACUACGGCCGGCAAGAUGGCGUCCAGUGACGGGAAGCCGGGUUGCAUAUUCGACCACCACGUCCAGACGGCUGUGUGUGACUCGCGGGCCAAAUACCGGGAGGGCCGACGCCCUCGUGCGGUCAAGGUAUAUACAAUCAAUUUGGAAUCUCAGUACUUACUAAUACAAGGCGUUCCUGCAGUGGGAGCCAUGAAGGAAUUAGUUGAGCGAUUUGCUCUGUAUGGUGCGAUUGAACAGUAUAACGCUCUAGAUGAAUACCCAGCUGAAGAAUUUACAGAAGUUUAUCUCAUUAAAUUUGUGAAAUUACAGAGUGCAAGGAUAGCUAAGAAAAAGAUGGAUGAACAGAGUUUCUUUGGUGGGUUACUUCAUGUGUGCUAUGCUCCAGAGUUUGAGACAGUUGAAGAAACUAGAAAAAAAUUAGAAGAGAGAAAGGCUUAUAUUGCAAGAGCUACUAAAAACAAAGACUACCACAUGACAAAGAAGAAACUGGUUCCAGAGCAAAGAGGAACAAAAGGUUCUGGACAAGAUUUCCAUCCACAUAUGCCUGGGUUUUGUACAACUGCUCUGAACCCUUCUCCUGAGAAUUCAAGUCCUUGUCUUCCUUAUUCUUGUGACUUGUCUUUAUGCUAUUUUGCCUCCCAAAGCACAUGUUUACCUGGAGAACGUGUGGACGGAGCAUCAAAUCCCUGUAGUAGCAGUAGGAACCAUAGUGAACUAUCACAGCAUCGUAACUACAGUGCCUUUCUCCCAAAACUACAGAUGAACACUUACAAAGAUUCACUACCUUGCUCUAGUGUGCAAGAGGCCAUUACUACCUCAGAGUCAGUUGGCAGAUUUAUGCCUAGGACAACGCAGCUGCAGGAGAGGAAAAGGAGGAGAGACUGUGGUCGUGACCUUGGAACUUUUCCUGAAACAAACACAGGCAAUAACGAGGCUGUGAUUGGACCUAAGUUACCAGGUAUUCCCUCAGUGGAUCUGCAGGAUGAUUCCUUGAAUACAACAGCAAACUUAAUUCGGAGUAAACUUAAAGAGGUGAUUUCAUCUGUGCCAAAGCCUCCAGAGGACAGAUUGGAAGAUGUGCAUCCAAGUCACCCACGAAAACAAAGAAGAAGAAUAUAGCUUGCCAGCCAGUUAGUCUUGUCUUCUCUUUCUUUUUUCUUUUUGAGCCGGGGUCUCACUGGGUAGCCCUGGCUGGCCUGGAACUUGCUAUAAUUCUCUAAGAUAUCUCACUACCGAUGUUUUACUGUAAACUAUUUUCUUCUAUUUCUUUUCAACUGUUUGUAAAUGUUUCUUUCUUUUUUUUUUUUGAUCUACACUCAAUGUGGCAGAAACAGUUCUUUUCACACUGUAUUAGUUCUUAUAUUACAAUAUUUAAAUUGUUUGAAACAAAUACAAAACUGUGGAUGCAAAUAAGGACAGUCAGGAUCUGACUUUAAUUCAGGUUUUUGAGCAAUUGGUGUUCAAAAACUAGCAGGCGGUUUGUUUCUGAAUACCAGGGCUUCAAAAUGAAGGCAGUUCUGUAAAGGAAAAAAUGCCAAUAAAACGUUAGAACAAAGUUGGUAUUAGAAAUGUACAUGCUAUUGUAACUUCUAAAAAUAAUUUAGAUGAACUGUGGUGAUCUAAAGACUAAUCAAUGUUGGCACUUCUAGAUUUCUACCCUGGCAGCACAUUUGUACUUUUCUUCUGUCAACGGGCCAAGUGGUUUUGUACUAUUUCCAUCUCCUUUUCUGGGAAAAAUAAACUGAGGAGGCCCGUCUGCA